AUGAGGCGGUCUGAACCCUUUGAUGGUCAGGUACGACGAAAGUCUUUACUUGGACUGACUCUUCUACAAGCCAAAUGUUCCGAGAAGCAUCGAUUAUGCCCAGCAAAUGCAAAGUCUGGCAUCAUCAUACAAGAAGAAUUUGAGAAGCUUGAAUCAGGCCUCUGUGAGAUCGAGAAAGAUUGGGGAGCCGGCACAUUUACUACUGUCCCCGGCGUCGAUGAAUAUGUCUCUACUGCCAACGAGCUUAGGCUCGGUGAGAUCAUUGGAAAGAAUAUUGCUGGCAAGCUCCACACAGGGCGCAACCGCAAUGAACAGGCUGUAUGUAAUAUGCUGAUGCGGUUCCGGAAUGGGCUUCGAAAGAUUGGGGAGCACCUGGUUAGCUUCCUCAACAUCAUCGCAGCCCGUGCUGAGCAGGAGAUUGACUACGUCAUGCAUGGAUACACCCCUUCAGCGCCCUCAGCCCAUCUGAUGGAGUCAUUGGAUGCUCUCAUACGGUUUCACUUUUACCGGCGAUUUCGAGAGGCUUAG